CAUCGUUAAAUCAUCAGUGCGUAUGUCAUAUUUACCGGUGUGAGUUGUGUUCGUUCAUUGACUAUACACGUGUACAAAAGUGAUAGUUUUCUCGUGUUAGUUUAGUUUUAGAGUUGGAUCAGGAUUAAAACAAAAUAUCGGUCAAAAGUGAACGUUAAGAAGGAGAUGAGAAUAGCUAUUUCUAAACUUGAGCCACGAUUUGAGCAUAAUAUUAUGAAGCAUAAACAAGCUCAUCACACUAAAAAUUUAGUAUUAAGGAUCAUAAUGGAUAUGUCGACCACGAUCGUCGUGGGACUGCUCGCGCUACUGCAGUUGGUCACCCGAUCGGCUUCCGACGGGCAAGUCGAACAAACUCUUGCAGUGGCUGCCGCUGACGAUCAUCUACCGAGACCGUGGAUAUCCGAGCUGUUUCACCAGGCACUGGCCAAUUUCACCGUUCGACACGUCGGAAGCUCCACUUGCCGGCUCCAAUCCGACAUGUACGACCGGCAUUUGCGGAACCAUACCAGUUGGGCGGUCAGAAUGGCGGAAUCCUGGGACCGAUAUCCGACUGGCAUACUAGUGGGCAACCAAUAUCACAUGGGAAUUUACGAUGAAUGUGUGGAUGUACGUCAUCCCGUAAUAGGACAGUAUUGCUUGUCUGAAAUAAAACUAAACCCACCGACGGGCACAGAUUACAGUUUCAACAGAACGGAAGAUCUAGAUGAUUUCGGGAAUAAAGAUGCGUGGAAAACAGUACUCGGAUGGGGUGAUUAUCCGGACCAAGUGCAACGAAACAGUUUGAAUUUAGGAAUAUGUAUUCCGGCUUCUUGUUCAGCAUUAGACCUGCAAACGGCACUGCAAAACCAACUGGACUCGGUAUUCGCGGCAAAAGAGUUCGUGGCCGUCGUUAAAGUAGACCCAAUAAUGUGCACGGUCAGAGGUGACAUGUAUCCCUACAAUACAGCGUACUACGUCACCAGCAUAUUAUUUUUACUGAUUGUUUUGAUUUGUUGUGGCACAACGUUGUAUCAUUUUAUAAAAAUAUCAUGCCUUAAAAAUUCAAAAGAAACCACUAAUGAAGGUUUCAAUUCAUUUUGCAAAACAUUUUCAUUUAUUGAGUCAAGCAUAGCAUUGGUAAAAUUCGAUAAGUACAAUGAAUUAAAUGCACUGUAUGGUAUCAAAUUUAUAACGAUGAUUUUCGUUUUGUUGGGUCACCGAUUGUUUUAUUUAAUAGGAAAUCCUAUGAAUAACCCAAAAUUCGUAGAAAGUAUAUAUCUCAACGGACCGAAUAUUAUAUUGACUAGCAUGAACAUGGUUGACCCGUUUUUUUUCAUAAGUGGUUUCCUCAUGCACCUGAAUAUUAGUAGGUCAUUCCAAAAAGAAAAAUCUGGAUCGGUUUUGAAGAAAAUCACAUCACCAAUUAUCCACCGAGUAAUCAGAAUGUUACCGGCGUAUUGCGCGAUGAUGGCGAUCACGGCGCACAUUGUACCCCACCUAGGAGACGGACCAUUGUGGCCACAGAAAAUAUGGGAAGAAGCCGAAAUAUGCAAAAACUAUUGGUGGACCAAUUUGUUGUUUAUAAGCAACUUAAUCGACGUCAAGUAUGAAUGCCUCAUAGUAAGCUGGUACGUAUCAUGUGACGUUCAGUUUUUCGUAAUUGGAGUAAUAAUCGUUUACGUUUUCACGAAGAACACCAAAUGCGGGAUUGGAUUACUCGGUACAAUACUGGGUUUGUGUAUAUGUGUGCCGUUUCUAGUAACAAUUUUUUCAAAAACAGACGGAAUAGACAAAAUGCAGUUUCCAUAUUUGGAAAACUUAAGAGUUUUCAUAUCAUUAAAUAAAAUGUAUAGAUUGAGUUACAUGCGAGCCACGCCUUUCUUCUUCGGUUUAGCCAUGAGCUUCAUCGUGGAAAAGUUGAAGGAAAAUAAAUUUAAAUUGUCCCAAAUAACAGUCUACAUUGGAACAUUCGUUGUUUUCGUGAUUGGCGUCUGUGUUCAGCUUUAUGGCGCCAAAUUCUACACUCGACAAUUACCUUAUUAUCCGUUGGAACAUGCUUUAUACUCGAUCGCUAACCAUUGUACAUGGACACUUCCAAGCAUGUGGAUUGCCAUUUGCUUGUUCACGUCUGGAUAUGGUCCCCUUUUAAAAUUAUUUAACAACAGAACUGUUGUGACUUUGGGGAAACUCUCGUACUCCGUUUUCUUGGUGAACGUCACAGUCAUGAUGAUGUCUCAAAGUUCACAGAGAUUGCCUAUAUACCUUUCACCAAAAUCCGUUAUCGAUGCUUGGAUAUAUGAUACAUUUAAGAGUUACGUGAUGGGCUUAGUGUUAUACUUGGUUGUCGAAGCGCCAUUCGCUAAAUUGGUUAAACCAUGGAUUUGAAUUGAAUAUCAUUGUUUGCGAGAAGAGUUCCUGAACAGAGAAAUGAACCUUAUCAUACACUACCUGAAAUUUAUACCAUCGUACUUCUAUGUACUAUACAACAAAUUGUAUUAUUUACUUAUAUUCUCUAAUUAAUAAUAUUAUUUUUUGUAACUAUUUAGUUAAUAUUGUUAAGUUUUUUUUUUGUAUGUAUGUCACUACACAUCAUUUGAAUCACGAAAUAAAUUUAAAAACUAUUGUAUUCGCAUUUUGUUACAUAGAUUAUUAUAGGACAUAUUAAGCUCAAUAAUUUAUUAUUUAUAAGAUAUUUAUUAAAAUAUUUAUAUGUAUAAUUCAUGUUGUAUAUAUAUAUUAUUAAAAAUUAAAAUGUUAUAAUAGUAGCAGCAAAGUCAGGAGCCUGAUACACCUCGCUAUUAUAUUAAGACCAUAAUAACUUCAUUAAUGUUUUGAAAAAAGAAAAUUACUACUUACCUAAUCUUUAAAAUUAUGUAUUAAGCUUAGUCUUUACAAAAAUAAACCCAGUCGAAAGUACAAAUAAAU